AGUAUUAGUAACCAAUGUGCCAGUGCAAAGCUUAACUUAUUAAAUAUUGUGAUGUGCCUUGAUUUUUAUUUACAUUUCACUUGCUUAUUAAUUUUGAUUAUUAAAUAAAGAAAAAACAUGUAGGUAGAUAUAGUUGAAUAGUUGAUGGUGUGCUAUGUAUUGUUCAAUUGAUUUUUAUAUCUGUAAAAAAUGGUGGUGUUUCUCUGGGUUUGAAAGAUGUUUUCUUUAAACCAAAGUCUGUUAUUUGUCCCGGGUGGAUGGUGGUGCUUGAUUUAUAGAUUGUCCAUAGUACAUGGGUGUGUGUGGUGUUGUGUGGUUAAUCUUUUUUGGAUUUGGUUAUUUGAUAAAUUAUUAUUUAUUUGCGCAUCGUUGUUAGUAACUUGGGAUACAGUGCAAUUUUUCGAAAUGUGGCAUACUUAUGUAAUUAUGGCGAAGAAUAUUGCUUUGAUAUGUGAUGAUGUGCUCUUUGUGUAGUAGGUGGAGUUUGUGUUUUCCUUGUAGUAGAUACAUUCGCUGCCAUUUAUACCUUUAUCUCCGUUUAUUCUUGAUAAAUUCCCAACCAACCAAAUUCAAAUCUUCCAGCCGCUAAAACUUUACAUAUCAAUCAAAUUCAUAUAUGUAUUCUCACGCGGCCAGCAUCCAAAUCUCUUCCAAACGUGACAUGCAAUUCGUGCAAUAUGCAGGUGUUAAUCUUAUCAAUGUGAUUGUUUAAAUUAAAAGUACAGUUUAUAACACAAAUUGUAAGUAUUUAUUUAUUUAUUCACACAGUAACAUAGCACUAAUAAAUUGAGAUAUUGAAGAACAUCAUCAUCCGGUGAAUGCGAUACGCGAUUGUUAAAUGUGUGCAAAUUGUGACAUAAAAAUCAUCAAGCAAUACAAAAUAUAAAACGUUUCAUACAACUUAUUCGCCUUUUAAAUAUGUAAGUUUAGCACGAAUACGUAAUCUUAUCUCAUUUCACGUGUACAUAAAAACAUUACUUUUUUGCUAUUCUCAGUUCGUAUUUCAAAUCUGAUAUCACCACAAUAAAAAUAAUGGACGACAGUGAACUUAAUGAAAAUAAUCAAAUUCAACAAAAAAUGCUCUCUCUUUCUCUCAACGAUACAAAUUCAAUUGAAGGGUGUAAAGUAGAAAAGAAUCAAAUUGAAAAAUGUGUGGAAUGGCUUCAAACUGUGAGUGAACAGAGUUCUGAAUGUUCCUGUUCUAAUUGUUCUACAUCAGUUACUGAAGACUCCAGUAUUGUAGACGAGUUGUGCUUGAUAAAUAGUAACGAGUUGAUGACAUCUUUGGGAAAUUAUAGCGAUAGUGGUAAAUACAGAAACAUUGCGAUCACUAAUUCCAAAAGGGUGCAUGUUGGACCCAGUUUUCAAUUUAAUGCUCCUGUUAAUAUAAUUAAAAAUGUAUUAAGUAUAAAUAAUUGCGAGAACUCUGAAUCUGAUGCUAAUGACGUUCGCUUGAAUGAAAAUAAAUAUAACGAUACAGUUCACAUAAUCUCUCGUAGAAGUUGGUUAGCACAGCCUCCCCUAGAACCGCAUACAUUAUUGGAAGCUCCAGCAAAAUAUGUAAUAAUUUGUCAUACCGCAACUGAAGAGGGGUUUUGCGUUUCAGAAAACACGUACGUUAUACGUUUAAUUCAGGAUUUUCACAUAGAAGGUAGGAAAUGGAAUGAUAUAGGCUACAAUUUCUUGGUUGGUAGUGAUGGUAAAAUAUAUGAAGGUAGAGGGUUUAAUGUUGUCGGGGCACAUACUUAUCGUUAUAAUACAGAUUCAUUUGCCAUCGCAUUUGUUGGCACUUUUGUAAAUAAGUUGCCCCCAUCCAAGGCAAUAAUUGAAGCUCGAAAGCUUAUUGCGUUAGGAGUAAACAAUGGGGCCAUUGCAGAAAAUUACUCGUUAGUUGGUCAUUGUCAGCUUUCACCUACGAGAAGUCCUGGUGAUAUGUUAUACGAAGAAAUAAAAAAAUGGGACAAUUGGGAUUCUUCGAAACAAUAUUUUAAAAACGGGCGUUAACUUCUUUUUUGU